AUGGACACUCCCAGACUCUCACACUCCCAGACUCUCACACUCCCAGACUCUCAGAUACCUCUCCUUGACCAACUGGUCCACACAAUCUUGGAUCAAGCUGAAACAGGUCCUUCUCCCAAAUACCACUAUCCUUCCACUGGUCCAUCUCCCAAAUACCACUAUCCUUUCACUGGUCCUUCUCCCAAAUACUACCAUACCUCCACUGUACUACCAUACCUCCACUGGUCCUUCUCCACAACUACUACCAUACCUCCACUGGUCCUUCUCCCCAAGUACUACCAUACCUCCACUGGUCCUUCUCCCCAAGUACUACCAUACCUCCACUGGUCCUUCUCCCCAAGUACUACCAUACCUCCACUGGUCCUUCUCCCCAAGUACUACCAUACCUCCACUGGUCCUUCUCCCCAAGUACUAUCAUACCUCCACUGGUCCUUCUCCCCAAGUACUACCAUACCUCCACUGGUCCUUCUCCCAAGUACUACCAUACCUCCACUGGUCCUUCUCCCCAAGUACUACCAUACCUCCACUGGUCCUUCUCCCCAAGUACUACCAUACCUCCACUGGUCCUUCUCCCCAAGUACUACCAUACCUCCACUGGUCCUUCUCCCAAAUACUACCAUACCUCCACUGGUCCUUCUCCCCAAGUACUACCAUACCUCCACUGGUCCUUCUCCCCAAGUACUACCAUACCUCCACUGGUCCUUCUCCCCAAGUACUACCAUACCUCCACUGGUCCUUCUCCCCAAGUACUACCAUACCUCCACUGGUCCUUCUCCCCAAGUACUACCAUACCUCCACUGGUCCUUCUCCCCAAGUACUACCAUACCUCCACUGGUCCUUCUCCCCAAGUACUACCAUACCUCCACUGGUCGACAAAAGUGA